CUCUCCCUUCUCCCUUUUACUCACCGAAGCCCACGGAAUCAUCGAUUGCUACCCAGGUCGGAUCGCCGGCGAUCGUCGUCAACCCCCCCCCCCCCCCCCCCCCCCCUUUCUCUGUCUCCUGACAGCUCCAACUCUUGAUUCCCGGAGAGGAUUUGGAUUUAGUGAAGAAGAAGAGGGAUCGGAAGAAGACAAGUAUGUCUUCCAUCGUGCUGCCCACCGUCGGCUUGAAGGAUCAACUGAGAAGGUUGCCUGUCUUCCUCCCCGGCGACGAGCAGCAGGCGGAGGUGGUAUUGAUGCAGCGGAACGGCUUUCAUUGCGAUCGGCGAGAAGAGGAGCAAGCGUCAUCGGAGAGCUCCUCCAUCGGCUCCGCAUCCUCUUCCUCCGCUUCCGCCCAAGGCGAUGAGGAGGGGGAAGAGGCCGAGAGCAAGCAGAAAGAUGGGGCUCUCGGAUCCUUGGACUCUUUGGAAGAAUCGCUUCCCGUCAAGCGAGGACUGUCCAAUUUCUUCACGGGGAAGUCCAAGUCGUUCGCCAGCCUCGCCGACGUCGCCACCGCCUGCGCCCGGGACGUCGCCAAGCAGGAGAACCCCUUAAACAAGCGGCGCCGUCUGCUGAUGAUGAGCAAGAUGCGGCGGGCGUCCUACGCCUCUCUCCUCUGCCCGUCGCUGCCGUCGCUCCUGUCCCCUUCCCACACCGUGGAGGAAGCCGACGACGAGGGGGAGGAGGACGAUACCGCCGCCGCCGCAGCCGCCCUGCCUCCGCUGCCGCAACACGGCAGCGCUACCCUCGCCCGGAAGCAGACAUUUCGAUCGCUGAGAUCUUUCUCCCUCUCCGAUCUCCAAAAUCAUGCUUAAUAUUCGCCUCUCUCUGUUUCCCCCUUUCAUUCAAACCGAUCAUCAUCGACAUUCCUCAAACAAAAAUCUUUGUUGUAAAAGUACAUGAUCUCAAGUUCAAGAUCUCCAAAAUUCUCAUGAAUUCCCCGUCCUCCUCUCAAAUUCGAGAUUUCGACUUGUAUCCCAACUUGUUCAACGCGUUUGGUGAAAUGAACAUGAACAAGAUCAAGGUUUUUGCCGUAUUAA